GUACUGGAUCACCGUCGCUCUCCGGAAUGCUAUUGGUGUUACACAAUAUGCAUCCUUGAAAGCAGUUGCAAAGAAAAAUAAUAAGAAAAUGAUCAAGUUAAUAUUUUCUGACCACAUAGAAAAUCGUUUAAAGUCGUAAAACUUUAAGCUAGCUGUCAGUUUGACUAUUACUAAUGAGCACGUUGUCUGUGUUUAAAAUCUAUCCGCAAAAUCCGUGUUUUCGCCUCUGGUCUCUCUCUCUCUCUGUGUCCAAAGCUCAAGGCAGCAGCUCUCUAAACACCAGAUCAGACUCUGGUUCCGAUGGUUCUGAUUGUCCAGAGCCGCUCAGCUUAACCAGAGACAACUGCACAGUCAGAAUUACUGUGUUUCAGCUGAAGAUGAGCGGUCAUAAGCUGCUGUUUUCCGGGCUAAAGUUCUGGACUCCAGGAUCUAAUAAGUGGAUAAACCGACUUCAUGAUGGUGAGCCUCUCUCCCGAUCCUCUUUUUAAAGAUUUAGCUGUUAUCUCUGAAAUGAUUAGCCUUCAAUGUCCUGUACGGAGGAAACAACCAGUAAACCAUCACAAAAUGUCUGUUUUUUAAACUAACCUGCGGACUUCCUUCUUUUUAUCAGCUGUGUGGUUGACAUCUAGGUUGAUAUCUACCACCUGACUGUCAAAUGAAUUUUAUCCAUUUUUUUUUUUUUUUGUAAAAAUAAAAGAAUUUAACACGAAAUAUUUUGGAUUUUUGCUGAUAGCCAGUAGCUUUGCCGAAAUUUUACACUCACUUCAGCGUAUACUACCGCUGACAUUUACACUUAUUUUCUUCCUUGUGAGGAACAGCAGCUUUUCUCUUAGUUAUCACUGUUACUUUUAAUGUAAAGAUCUUUUUUUAGAAACAGACAUCUAAAAUAGGCAAUAUUUGACUUUACGAUAUUGUAUGCUCUAUUACUUAUAGACAUUCAAUCCCUCUGCUUUAUGAUAGCCUAAUUCUACACAGUCAUGAAUGACACUCACUUCAUACAUAAAUAUUAGCACGUCUAAACUGCACGUUUGAUGUGUUUGGUUAUAGUGACCCUUUUUUUACCUGCUGAUUUUAACUCAACUUUUCAGUAGAGUCUGAUCAAUACUGCAUUUUCAGGGCGAACACUGAUAUUAAGUUUUUCAGAAGACUGAUAUUUGGGAAGAAUAUGCAUUGAUCGUAAAAAUUUGACAUUGUCUGGCAAAAUUUAGAAUAUGGAAUAUCACAACACUUUACCAAAAUGCUUUUAGCAAAUUUUUAAUCAAAUCCAAAACUUUUGUGUGCUUCACUUUUUAUCAGUUUUCUGAAAAUAAAGGGAAAUACAGAUGAUCGGCAAAAUGCUGAAUAUUGGCACAGAUAAUUAGCCAAGGCUGGUAAUCAUUUUACACUUACUUUUAAGGUGUUAUCUGCUGAAACCAAUACGGGGCUGAUAACAUCAUACCUUCCUUGUUAUGAUAAUUAUGAUGAUUAUUGUUAGUAGAAGUAUGAAUUGGAGUUCACACCACAUUCACACACUGUUGGCAGAGGCUGAUAUGUAUAGAGCCCAUCGGUCUUUGACCAAUUCAAUUCACACAACACUUGGCACAACCAGUGAGGGCGGGUGCGGUCAAGAGUCUGCCCAAGGACGUUUCAGCAUAUGGGUCAAACCCCUGACCCUCCAGAGACGUCAGAUUCUACCCCUGGUCCACAGCUGCCAAAUAGCCUGACGUAGUGUGGUGACUAGAAUAGAAAACAACCUAAUUCAUCUGAGUGAAAGAAAAAUGAGGAACAAGUGAAAAAAAAAUAUUAUAGUUAAAUUAAUAAUGCUAACACAUGUUGUAGAAUAUUGGAUUAACAUCAAUAUUGGAUAUGCCAGUAUUUGCAAAGAGAUAUCAAUAUUCACACUGAUAUGUACACCAUUAUUUUUAUACUCAUAAGGACACCAAGUUUCUCUAAUAAUAUAAUAACUAUUUAAAGAUGACUACUAAGGUUAUUCAUACAGAAACUAUCAAAUCAUACAUCACAAGGUGCUCUACAAAACAUACAUGCCCAGCAAUAUCGCAUCCAUAAUAAACUACAAAGGCAAAAACAUCUCAGUGAAAGCUUAAAAUGAGGCAAAUCAAAACAGUUCAUUAAAAGGUCAUUACAAACAAAUUUAAACAAUUAAAAUCAUUGAAAAUAUUUGGAGCAAGGAGGAGGUUCAUACUGAAAUCAUAACAAGAAAUACUCCAGUAGAGCUAUAAAUAUAUUCACAAGUCCAUUCCUCUCAGGUCAGAAACACAGCUUUAAAAAAUAUGGCACCUGCUUUUUUCGUCAACUCCCAGACUUAAGAGACCAGACUGGGCCUGAACAAUUUACACUUUGGACUCUUUGUAUAGCCGGCAGUGGAAACAAAUGGAACAAAAACAUUCAGUUACUUGAACCUUUAAGCUUAUAUUUAUUACAAAAUUCAGCAGCAUGUGUCCUGACUAAGACCAGGAGGUGGGCCAACAAUUCACUGCUUUUAGAAUUGCAUUGGCUCCCCAUGUGUUUCAGGAUCACGUUUAAGGUUCUUUUACUUGUUUUUAAAAGUCUUAAUGGUCUUGGACCUUCUUAUCUCUUAGAAAUGCUCUUUCUUUAUGAACCCUCUCGGACCCUGUGCUCCUCUGGCAGCAGGUUUCUUGUCAUUCCCAAAGUCACGACACACACACACACACACACACACACACAUUUUGAGGCGUCUUUGCAGUAUUACAGCUCUCGUCUGUGGAACAUCCCGCCAGAGGACCUCGGGGCUGCAGAGAACAUUCAUGUUUUUAAGAGCAGGCUCAGACCUACCUUUUUAGCUCAGCCUUUGAUUAAUAUUUAUUUAUGUUUUUUAUUUCUAUUUAUUCUUAUUAGUCUAGGUUUCAUAUUUCAUAUUUAUUUUUACCCACUUACAUUAUUUUAUACUCUGUGUUUUAUUCAUAUUUCAAAUAUUUCAUUUUUUACUUAUUUUUAUUCUUUUAUCAUCUUUAGGACCCCCAGUGUUUCCUCUGGGGGGCCCUCUGCACUGCAAGCAGUUGUUGGCUGUGGUUGCAGGGCCCUGUCUCAUGGGUCCAGGGGAGCUUGUGCCUCCUACAUCUCUCCUCUGGCCCUGUGUCGGUGUCCUGUGGCUGCAGGCGGUUCUCUGCUUCUGGUGCAGACAGUUCCUCAGAUGGUGCUCUCGCAGCUGGUUCAUCUGUACUUUGCAGGUGUGGUGCGUGCGUGCGUGCGUGCGUGCGUGCGUGCGUGCGUGCGUGCGUGCGUGCGUGCGUGUGUGGCUUUGGGUGUGACUGUGUAUGUGACGGCUAAAUGGUGGUUGUAUGGUUGUGGGAGUAGGGUAGUUGAGGGGAAGGAUGUAGAUCUGUUUUUAAUAAAGCGUGAAGCACUUUGUGUCGUAUAUUUUGUAUGAGAAGCGCUGUGUGAAUAAAGUUUUGAUUGAUUGAAGCUGGAAAAAUCCCCUUAAACACUGAUGGUCUCUUGUUGGUUAAAUAUAUGCUUCACAUAAUUUAGACGUCAUACUUUCCCUUUUAGCCCGAGCAGAUUAUCAGAGUGAUAGUGUACAAUUACUGAAGUAUAUUGAAUCCAAGAAGCUGAACACUUUAGUACUCUGUCCAUCUUUGGUAAUAGUGUAGAACUCACUGUUUGGCUCUCAGUCUGUCACUGACACUGCUGUAGGAGGAAACCUUCACCUGGCUGUUGCCCAUGACAAACAUGGUCUGGGAUUGAUAAUGCGGUGCCUUAUAAACAAACACAGCUUACUUCAUAUCCUCUGUGUUCUCUGCAGGUGUAAAAAGAAGUGGAACCGUAUCUUUCUCCUCUGGUAACCCAAAGGUCUGUAUUGUUGGUAGCGGUCCAGCAGGAUUCUACACAGCCCAGCAUUUGAUCAAGGUAGGCCUUAUAGUGUAAGAAUAGUAUUUAGUUAUAAUGAAGAUGAUCUGGGAUGUGGGUUACAUUCUUCUGUCUUCUUUGUAUGGACUUAAAAUUGUGGCCUAGUAAUCAUGUAAUGGGAUAUUGAAGUGUUGAAGGAAAUUAUUCGCUGAUCAAAUAAUCAAUCAUGAACGUUGAGUAUGACAUUAUCUAUUGUACUUUGUUUGUUUUCUUGUAUUAUAAUUAUUCAAUGCUUAAACCAGAUUAUAUGAUCUGUACUUUUGUAUUUUGUUUGCUUUAUUGUAUUGUACAAUGCCAUGAAAUCAUAUGGAUUUUUUUAAAUUUUAGUUGACUGUAUGCAUGAGUGAAGGACCCCAGGAAGAAUAGUCGUCACAAAGUGAAGACUAAUGGGGAGCCGUAAUAAACAUAAACAUUUACAAUAUACCUUUAACAUUCUGUAAUAAUAAAAUCUAUGGAAGUCAACAUAAACUUAUUCUCUCUUGUACCAAGUUACAUUUCCAUCUGAUACUUAUUUCUUAUUUAUACCCAUAAUGAAAGAAAUAUGGUCAAUGCAAACAUCAAAUGUUUCAAUCCUACACAGGGUUUAUGAAAGCAAAUAAAAAUGUAAUGUUCAUAAAGCCCAGUUUAUUCAAUAAUGAGAUUAACUCACUCUGCUUUGUAAAGGUUCAUUUGUUGCCAGAAAAGUUAUAAACUAGGGCUAAACAUAAUUUGGCAACUACUUCAGUAUGUGCAGUAGCUUAGUCUUGUGCAUGCUAAUUUAGCAAUCUUAACGUCUGCCUCUUAACCUCAUAUUUAGUCCUCUAAAAACCCAGAUCCAGGUCUGAUAAAUCAAAAAUCAAUAUUCUUUUUGGAAAUCAUGAACUCUGCAUCCUCUGCUGUAAAGAGUGGAGGGACCACCCAGGUUGUUCUCAGCUCUCAGUCCAAAGCCAGUGUCCUUGAUGGUUUUGGGAUCAUCAGAGUCCAUGUCAUGGGUAUCUUCCACAUCCGUGAAGGCUCCAUUAAUGCUGAACAAUAUCUACAGGUUUAGGAGCAACAUCUACCGCUGUCCAGACAAAAAAAUUUUCAGGGAAGACCUUAAUGUGUCAGCAAGACCAUGACAAACCACGUUCUCACAGGGACAAGAGUCCUGCUGAGAAACUGGUCUGCCUGCAGUCCUAACUUGUCACCUGAUUAAAACAUUCGGAGCAAUAUAAGACAAAAAUGUGAAAUUUUCCGGUAAAGGGUGUGGCUUCUAUGUUUUGGCUUUCCUUGAAUAAAAAAAAUCAUGAGAAGUGUGCCUUGUAUUUCCUCGUUACCUUUAAAACUCAAACUGGUGUAACAGCUUAAACCUCAGCUUUUUGUUGAUGCCUUUGUUCAGAUAAAACCACUCAAAACCCUCUCUGUAUGAUAAUCUGGUGUUUUGUGUCACCUGGCUGUGUCAGGACACGUUUGUACCUUCAUACAGCUUGUCAUCAACUAUUUAUUGGUUUACUAUCAGUAGGCCAUAACUGCCAAGUUGUUGCCUGCAGUGAAAUGAAUACCAAAUGUUAUUCUAUCUUUACAGCCAUACUUAAAAUGAUUAGAGUUUGGAUGAGGGACAGCACCAGCUUUAAUUUACUGCUUCAAACAAAGACUUUCAUUCAGAAGUCUUACUGAUAAACUUUAACUCGUGUGUGAUUAACCUUUUUUUCUUCAGCCCCCACCAGAAGAAAUAAUAUAAUUCAUACCCUACAAAUACAAGUGCUUUGGGCUCACUGAUUAAAAAGCGCUAUAAAAUCUGAUGCAUUAUUAUGAAAUAGCAAAAUAUCAAUUAUGAGUUUUCCCUUUCCAUAAAGUCUUUUUUGUUUUUUUCACCUAGGCCCGUCAAGAUGUUGAAGUGGACAUCUACGAACGACUGCCGGUCCCCUUUGGCCUGGUCAGGUUUGGAGUGGCCCCUGAUCACCCUGAAGUCAAGGUCUUUAAUUUAGAAUAAGUGUCUUAGAAAAUACAAAUGUUCUUCACUGUUUAGGUGUAAUGAUUAAUUAGGAACAAAUUUCUCAGUAGGUUUACAGACAACCACUCCCACAUUGGCAGGUUUGGAGUCAGAGGCUCUGAAAUAAGCUGUCCGGCAGUGUGACCUACAAACAGACCAAGAAUGUCUGCACAGUGUUUAUGUGAUUGAAUUGUUUGAUUGUGAGUUUAAAUGGGAAAAACAGGAUAGGUGAAAGGUGUGCAUGUUUUUGUCAGCUCACAGUCUUUUAGAAAGUAAGGGAACAGCAGUGAAAUGAAAGGAAACGCAGUGAACUUCAGUCACCAAUGUCUUCUUUAGACUGUCGCUAAGAACGUUUCUCAAAGAGUCAGACUAAUGAUGCUGUUUUCAAACUGCUGAAUUUUCUCACCCGUGUUCUUAAAUUUAUUAAUACUAUGUCCUCAUUAGUUUGAAGCUCCUCCACAAGCAAUCAGCACAGGUGAAUGUCUCUUUGCUGCUCAUAGAGAGACAUGAGACUGCAGUGCUGUGUGCACAGAGAAACUGAUGAUUGAUAUGCAUUGACAAUGAAAUUGAAAAACUUAUACUUAUGUCUACCUACCUACCAACCAACCAACCAACCACCCUGUUUGCAGUUGGCAGCUGACCAGUUACACUCAGAGUACAGUUAUGCCACACAGUGAACUCUGUCAUCCACAGGGUCCACAGUAUAAGGCUUUGAACACUCCUGCUCCAGACUAAUCUUUUAAUACUGUUCCCACAACACACUGGUGCCUGUACCGUUAUGUGUGAUGAAACUCAUGAACCUUAAUGACCUACAUUUAGCAGAUUGAACCAGAUCUACAGCAAAGUUGUCUCAAUCACUGCUGUGAGAGAAAUCUAACUCCUUAACUCUGUUUUCUCAUUAUGGCCUUUUCUUCCUCAGAACGUCAUCAACACCUUCACACAGACGGCCAACCACUCGCGCUGCAGCUUCUACGGUAAUGUGAAUGUGGGGAAGGAUGUGAGUGUUGAAGAGCUGCAGCAGGCCUACCAUGCAGUUGUACUGGUGAGAACAGGAAAGCAUAAAACUGUCUGUUAGGUCAAUCAGCUAGGAGCCAAAAUAGCAGCAAGCAGCAGAUCUGUUUUUAGUUUACAAGAAGCCGAACUCGUCAGUGUCUUAAAAUUCUGUAGAUUCACUGUGGUUUGCAAGAAACAGAUACUGACAAAAAGGCGCCUCCCAUAACUAUGUCUGAAGCUGCUCGAAUUGCUCAAAGCCGGUUUUAAACCUAAGAAGUCAACAUGAACAGUGUCAGGCACAAAUGACCAACCACAGACAUGAAUACAUUUGUUCUCACCUAGUCAUAGUUAUUAUUGUCAGUCACAGAGAAACUUAUUAUAUCAGUAGAACAUGAUAGCAGUCAUAACCAAGACUAAACUCAACACAGCUAUGUUUACAACAUGGAGAAAGAGCCAUCAGAUAGAUGUGAGAGAAACAUCUUACAAUGUCACAUUUCCAUGAUGAGUGUGACAACAGUGACUUCCAUUUAUCCUCUGAAACUGGCUUGUUGUUGUGUAUGUCAGUUUUAGACAUAAUAUUUCAGCUGCAGCCAGGAUGGGGUUAAAAGAGAGGAUCUGUGUAUGGUAUAAAUGAGUAAAGGUACAUGAUGCAAAGUAAUUGACAUUCUCAAUUCUAUGUCUAACUGCAUUUUACACACAAUCAGUAACUUUCGUUCUUGUCUUCUUCUAUGUAAAAUCCUACAGGGAGACAAAGUGUCCUGUUGGUUUCUCUCCCCUGUCUCUCUCUAUUGGCUCAGACUUUUCUCUUUUAUCCUGAACCUAACCUGCUCUGGUGCAGGUUAGGUUUUCAAUAUGAGUAACCAUGGUGAUUUACUUUGCUAACAAGUGACAUAGCUUUGUAGUACUCCAAACCUGGAGUUACUUCAGUAUCUGCAAAUCCUGCUUCAUAGUAAAGGCUCCAGUUUUGGUGACCUUAGAGAGCUUAAUGCUUUAAGCCACAAGAGUUCUGACUGUUAGAAAUGAAAGAUCCUUAGUACAGAGUGUUGCUGCUUGCACCUCUUAUAGAAGUUAUCCCAUGAUUCAUGCAUAUGUGCGUGUUUGUUGUACAUUUUACUGUCAGAGCUACGGAGCAGAGGGAAACAGGAGUAUGGGGGUUCCAGGGGAGGACCUGGCAGGUGUUUACUCAGCCAAAGACUUUGUUGGCUGGUACAACGGGCUCCCCAGCUGUCGAGAGGUAAGACUAAUGAACAAACAAUUCAACUCAAAAGCACAUCAGAGACAAUCACAAUCAAAUUAGUCAUCUUUAUCCACUCUUGAGGUUUUCUUCUUGCUCCUUGUAUUUUCAAAUCUAAAAAUCUUUCUUCCUGGUUUAGCUGAGUCCAGACCUGAGUUGUGAAACAGCUGUUGUUCUAGGACAGGGAAAUGUGGCCUUGGAUGUAGCAAGAAUCCUCCUGUGUCCGCUUGAUAUAUUAAAGGUGAGGAGCACUCAACCUUGGUCUCUGAAGAUAACAGACAACUUAAUAAAAAAAGAGGAAUAACCAUGAGGGCCUGUUUUCACGUGUGUGUGCUUUAUUAUUUGAACACAGUCCACUCCAUUUAUCAAGACGAUUGAAAUAAGGUUCUCUACAGAGGGUGAUGAUUCUAUCAGUAUAUACUUACUGGGAAUAUAUCCUCCCUAAUAAGGUAGUAAACCUGUACAUAUAUACAUAACCAUAUUUUAUAUGCUUGUCUCAGAGUACUGACAUCACCCAGCUGGCCCUGGAGGCUCUGGCAGAGAGCAAAGUCCGCAGAGUACUGAUAGUUGGCAGGAGAGGACCCGUCCAGGUUGCCUGCACAAUAAAGGUAUGUGUUAGUAUCUGAGAGAAGGAAUGAAACUGUCAACUUGUUUAACUUUGAAAAAGAAAGAUCAACUUACAGUCGAAGCCAUCUUUUGCUGUACUGUCAAACCCCAGACCAAAUAAUUCAGGUUUUUUAACCACCAUAUUACCACACCAAGUAAUCAAGGCAAUUUAAAUAAAAACAUGUUGGACGGCUGCAACACUAAAUCAAAAUGUUAAAAACCAUGUUUUUUAGAUCAAUGAGGCACCUCAGCAGGGUUUGCAGAUCUAAAGGUCCGGAGCUGUGCAGAUCUGUGCACUCAUUGGUUAAAGACAUACAGGCACAAUCAAACCAAGGAAGUUCAGUUUAAAAGGCGGCAGAGGGAGGUUUGGCAUUUAAUGAUAGAGGAACUAACAGUAAAUAUUUACAGAAUAAUAUUUUUUAAUACCGUCUGCUGGUCUCUUAAAUUUAAUUUAUGCGUUCUCAGUGGCAGCAUUUUGCUUUACAGCCUUACAGCACAGAUUGGUUGAAAGUGUGUACAGGUGUGUACAGUGUGGUCAACUCUGUGUUUAUUAUAGUUUUAUGUUUGUUCUGGUAAUAAAUGAACAGCAUUACACGGGUUAACUGUCAAUAAUUAAUGUUAUAAAAUGAUAAAAUGAGUCAACAUUGUCUUUUUUUAACAGCCAAAAUCGUUCACUAAGAGAAUAACAUUCUUUCAUAUUGAAAUAAUGGACUUCACCAUUUUCAGUGUUUUUUUUUUUUUUUUUGUCUUGUCUACAGGAGCUUAGAGAAAUGGUGAACCUGCCAGAUACCAGACCUGAGAUGGUUGCAGCUGAUUUUGAGGGUGUCCAAGAGGCCGUCAAUGGUAAGAAAUUUCAUCAUCUACCACCUUUUUUGAGUUCCUGAGGCACUUCCUUUUUACUGCCUCAUCAUCUCACCCUGCACAUGAACUGGGCAAGUGGGAACUGUUGCAACUUUUACUUGAUAAUUAUCAUUAAAAAAGGUAAAAACAAACAAACAAAACCCAGAAAACUGACAGUUACAGAUAAAGUGAAACAUCAUUACCUAAAUGGGGCUGAGACACAAGAAUAAGGUACAAAUGACUGAAAGGUCAAAAAUAUUCAAACAGUGUAUGCAUUUGACAGAUUCAGCAAGGUGAGAUGAGUCUUUUUGGACUUAUUGAUGCUGACAUUAAUAGAAAAAUAGAGCUCUUGUUACAGUGAAGAGUCAGCACUUAAAGCUGCGUUUCUUUUGUCAUCACACAUCUUUUUUAAAACAAUUACCUGAGGAGUAAAGUCAACAUGUCACCUGCACACGUGUCCAACAUACUGAGCACAACGUAACAAGAUGUGUCAUACUCUUUCCUCCAUCAAACUAGCCACACAGAACAUGUGAGGUAACCACACAUGUUUAAAGUCUGGGUUCAAAAAACCUGACUUUGAAAGAUGCAGAGUGUUCAAAAUGUCACCAGGAAGUUGUGGUUACAGCAGAACAAACCCUAUAGACCUUUCAGCCUAUAUGCUGUGUGGGACUGGAAACUGGUAACCAGUAAAUACACAGGCCAGUUUUGAGGUGCAGGUUUGAUAAAGACAGUAAACUCAUUAUUCCUCCUGCUGACUUGUUGGUGGGUUUGUCCUUGUAACAGAAAUGACAUUGGGCUGUCUGAUCUGAUGCAACUUGUGCUGAGUGAUCACAGUCUCUUUGCCUCAGUUCACGGCUAUCUGUCACAAUCUCAGUCUAGUCUCUGUUGAACAUGAUAACCAGUAAGUGACGGGUAAAGCUGGUGGCUUGUAGUACCUGAAACCUAAGCAACACAGCUCUGAUGAGCUGUUUGUGGUUUCAAAAAGCAGUAACAGGAAACACCCCAAGGCCAAUGAAGAAACACUGCCCAUUGAAAACCAGUCUGAUUACUUUUUUUUUUGGUCUGUGCUGCAGCUGUGGAGUCUAGUGUGGUCUAAUGACAGGAACCUUCAGCACUUUUGCACACAUUUUACUAAAACAAGAUGGCGUAUCAAAACUAGCGGAAGCACAUGAUCAAGCAUGGAUCUGCAUGCUUAUAUAACAAUCAGCAUACUGUUUCACCUUUGAUCAAGAUCAACUCUCUGUAGUCACGGCAUUACAAAUCUCUAGAACUGAAGUCAAACAUCAUUCAGGCUGAUAGUCAAGGCCAAAUCAAAGCAGUGUGGGCAGUGGCCAAGGGCACCACCAUCUGGAGGAUUAUUGCCUUACACCCUAAAUGUUUUCAUGGAUGCCCUGAUUAUUAUUAUUAUUAAUAUUAUAUCAAAAAGCACUCCUGUUUAAGACACUUGGCUUACUUUACUAAAGUGGUUAACCUGUCCAGCAGAAAGGUUACAGGGUCCAAAAGAUCCUGAAGCACCCCUCGUCGUUUAUGCUGAUGUUGACCUGGCUUUUUAGCUCUUGUCCAGUCUACCUCCUUUUUAAGUGCCCGUUAUUCUGCCAGAGUCUCCGGUAUUUACUUCAUUUUAUUGCUUGUGUUUUCCGUGCUUUCUGGUUGGUUUCUACUGUCCAGUAUUGUAGCACGCUAACUUUGUUUGGGCUCGUGAACAUUAUUGGCAGACGUGGCGCAUGCCUCGCAACAUGAGGGAGCAGUGUCCGCCUCACAACCAAUCAGGUUGUGGGAGGCGGAGAAUGGCUUUGUUUACAGUCAGAAAGAGCGAGCUGCUCAAAAAAAUUUUAAUGUUGAUUACACAGACAUAACAGAACACAGUCAUAUUGUUAUAUUACCAAAUGUCAUCAAUAACUAAUAGAUAUUGACUGAUAUUAAAAGCUUUUUUGUAUAUACACCACAAAAAAAGAUGCUUCUUUAACAAAACCCUGCCUACCCCACCUUUUAAGAGUCUAUUUUCAAUGCCAAUACUCCAAUAACAAGACUCAUUUAUCUGGUUUAAUGUUGUGCUUGCCUUAUCUGUAUGUUACACUGGCAGUAUAAGCACCCUUUAGAUAUUUCCAUAUCUGUGUGUUGGCUAAUAAUGAACUGAAAAAAGUGCCAGACUGUCGCUGAGGUCAUUCAGGGACAGCGUUUCUGUGACAGGGUUUGCACCACAUGCACACUUGGGCAGACGUAAGUGUUCAGAAUAUAAAAACCUGAGCAGUGUGCACUCUAGUCUCACAGUCACUAAAAAGGAAUUGAAUCAGAAUUCAUUAUCAAUUUUUGCUCUUAACUUGCAUUCAUAAAUCUAUUCUUUCUUUCUUUAUUGAUUGGUUUUUGCCUUCACCCCUCUAAGAUGGAAAUCUCCAUGCUCAUUUAUCAAUAAUUCAGGUUAUGUCAAAUAAAAAGAUAUCUGAGGGGCUAUACUAUAAACAGUGGGUUUUGUAUACUGCAAUUGUUAUCAUUGUUUUUAGUGGGGUUUUUUUAUCCUUAUUGACCUCUGUUGGAUGUGUGACAUUUACAAAUUAAACCUAACAACAACUAACUCUAUUUCGGCUCAUCUAGGUCCUUAGGGAGGAGGAUAGGAGUAAGUGCCUCACAGUAUAUGAAAGAAAAAACAGAGGACAUCUCAAAUCUGGUCAAAUUUUAAGCAGAGGUACCUUUUCUCUGUCAGAUUUGCCGAGGCCCAGGAAGCGUCUGACUGAGCUGAUGUUGAAGACAGCCAUGGAGGUCCCUGGAGAGAAGGAGCAGGAGAGGCGGAAAAAGGCAUCCAGAGUCUGGGGCUUCAGAUUCUUCCGGAGCCCUGUAGAAGUCCUCUCUGACCCCGACCACAAAAGAACAGCUGGUAUCAGACUGGCUAUCAACAUGCUGGAGGUGAAAACCAUAGAUUUUAAAUUCCAGCAGGCAGCAGCCCCCCAUUUGGAUGUGGUCUUGAUCAUUUUAGUCCUGUUUGUGUGACCAGGGUUCAGGAGAAUCAGCCCGAGCAGUGCUCACAGGGGAAGUGGAGGAUGUGACUUGUGGCCUGGUCAUUAGCAGUAUUGGCUACAAGAGCCUACCCAUUGAUGCAUCAGUGCCAUUUGACUCUCACAGAGCCAUCGUCCCCAACAUCAUGGGCCGAGUCCAACAAGCUACAGGUAAACACAACCAAAACAAGACCACUUAGCUCACUGUGAUCUCUCUAAGGUCAACAUGCAUACAGUAAUCCACCUGUCUUUAGGUCUAUACUGCAGUGGCUGGCUGAAAACUGGACCAACUGGAGUGAUAGCCACCACCAUGAACAACAGCUUUGACACUGCACGCUCUGUGGUGGAGGACAUGGACUCAAGAAGGCUGGAUGUGUCAGCUGGAAAACCUGGUUCACAAAGUAUCAGUGCUUUGCUGGAUGAGAGAGGUAAUGGAUUUAGCUUUUCUGAUUGUUUUAUUAGCUUUUAGCUUGGGGCCACAGAAAACAUUUUAAUAACACAAUGUAUUAAACCGCCUCUUAAAAUGCACCAUUGAGCCUUAUAGAUGCAUUUAUUAUGCUUAGAAACAAUUCUUGAAAAAGAUUCAAAGCAUUCAUGAGAACUGAUAACAGUGUUAAUAAGGUGUGAUACACAAGGAACAUGAAGCCUUAUGAAGGGAUGAUCUACAGUAUAAUGUAUACCUUACAGCAGCAACUUUGAAUUUCAAAGUUUCAUAACACGUUCUUACUCCACAACUUAAUCCAGUUAUUUAAAGUUCAUAGGGAACUUACUCAGUGAAUCAUUGGGAGUUUAAUUUUUAAAUUUGUUUUAAGUAACUUUGAUUAAUUUCCAGAGUAAAUUAAAGAUGUAACAACACCCAAAGUUGCGCAAGAUUUAGGUCUAGACCUGCUCUCUUGGACAGCAUUUUAAGAUAACAAUUGUCGUGAUUUGGCACUAUAUAAAUAAAAAUUGAUUGAUUGAUUUCCAAGAUGUCAAAGGCCGUGAAAAGAAGUGUACAAAAUAAAGGCUACUUUUUACCUUUUUAAAUUAAAAGGGAUAGCUGAUUGAAGACUCAUAUUUUAAUGAAAUAAAACAGAUUUUUGAAGUCAAAAUCUUUCUAAGGGCCUCUUUAGUUUAAACUCUGAAUGAGUUCUCCAUCAACUUUAAAUAAAAUAAACACUGUUUUUUUUAUAUCUGGAUUAAGAUCAGUUGAUGAGAAAUCAUCCCCUAGUAUUUAUUUCCAGUGCUUAGUGUUGCUAAAACAGUUUUUAUGAAUGCUUAUAAUCAUUUAUAAGGAAUGUGAAUUAAUGUAUAUAUAAAGCUUUAUAAAUGUGCAAAUGGUGUAAGUGUAAGUUGUGGAUUUAUUUUAAGUGUCACCUAAAUUUAUUUGUAAUAUAUUUGUUCAAUUUUCAUUUUUUUUCAUUUAGUUUCAUGUGUCAAUAUACUGUAUGUUUAAUUCUUUCAUAAAAAUGUCAGCUUUUGGGAAUGGCUUGUAAAACUUGGGCAAAUGAAAUGUACCCAUAAAAAAAGUAAUAUUAGUUAUUUAACUUAAAUGCUUAUUUAUUUUUUUGAAGUUCAUUUAUGAUGAUUUACUGAUUUGACAGGAUAGGAUUUCAUCUGUAACAAACUUUCAUAAUUAAAAGGUUACUAUUAUUACUCAACAAGUUAAAUUAAAGAAUGUAAAGAAAUGGGAUCAGUUCAGACAGCAGCAGUUCAGGAUGUGCUUUAUACCUUCAAAAUCACACUCACUGGUUUAGUGGGGUGACCAGUUCUCAAUGUUAAAUUAACUAAUUUGAACAUCUUUAUUUCAUGGAUCAUAGGGGUGAAACCGGUGCUGUUCUCAGACUGGGAGAAGAUCGACGCCCUGGAGACCAGAAGGGGCGAAGCCAUUGGGAAACCCAGAGAGAAGCUGCUGACUGUGGAGGAGAUGCUGCUGGAGGCACGAAAGUGACAGGAGAUCAACUUUUAACUGACACUGAGUUUGUUACUUUUGCACUAUAAAACUACAGCGAUUACCAUGGCAACGAGGACCUCAAUGACACUAGGCACAAGAGAGCAGAGAAAAUACCCUCAUGGAUUUGAUUCAUAUUAUACAUGAUACAUUUACAGGUAGUGGGAACUGCUGAUGCUAUUUUAAAUAAGACUGUUAGUGUGUACAUGUGAUUAAAGAUGUAUCUAUUUGAGAUUGAAAUUUUUAUACACCCACAUUUCGUAGAGAAGAAAAUGUACAAACUGUCCAUUUUGAUUAAAAUGAAUAAAUAUAUGAUUUUAUUCCUGCCCUGGAGUUGUUUUUUUAUUU